UCACAUCAAGGGGCAGCGAGGAGAACCAGGGAGAAAAUACUGUUCCUGCUUCUUGAGCUCUUCCCCAACCCCAGCCCCUCUUCCUUCUCGCCUCCCCAGGCUGCCUCUCAAAAAAAAAAAAAAACACGAGCCAGCGCCGCCGGCCGGCUGGCCUCUUGGCUCCGCCUGUGCCAGCAGCCCGACGCGUUUCGCUGCUAAGAAAAGGAGGAGGAGGUGGCGGCGGCGGUUUGCUACUGCAUGUGGCGGAGCUGACCCGGCACUGGGCUAGGAGGAGGAGUAGGAGGCGGACCGGACCGGACCGCCCUCCUUGUCCCUCCCUCCUUCUCCAAGUAAUCUGGGAGCCCGACUUCUCGCAAGCGGCCGAGACGAGGCGUUUGCGCUCUUGGAGACGCGGAACCCGGGCAGCUGCUCCGCCGCGCCACCAUGGAUUCGGAUUCCGGAGAGCUGAGCGAGGGGGAGCUGGUUUCUUCAGCAGGUCCCGAAAACUUCAGUUCAAAGAGCCUUGCGCUGCAAGCCCAGAAAAAGAUCUUGAGUAAAAUGGCCACCAAGACCAUGGCUAACAUGCUGAUUGAUGACACCAGCAGCGAAAUCUUCGACGAGUUAUACAAAGUGACCACGGAGCACAUGAAGAACAAGAAGGAAGCCCACAAAAUCAUGAGGGACUUGAUCAAAGUGGCCAUCAAAAUCGGGAUCCUCUACCGAAACAAUCAGUUCAAUUCCGAAGAGCUGGAAAUUGUCGAGAAGUUCCGCAAGAAGCUGAACCAAGCGGCCAUGACGAUUGUUAGCUUUUACGAGGUGGAGUACACUUUCGAUAAAAAUGUCCUCUCGGAACUCCUGAACGAAUGCAAAGACCUUGUUCACGAACUCGUGGAACGGCACCUGACAGCCAGGUCUCAUGCGCGAAUCAAUCACGUCUUCAACCAUUUCGCAAAUGUGGAGUUCCUCACUGCCCUCUAUAGCCUUGAUGGGGAAUGCCGACCACACCUCAAAAAGAUCUGUGAUGGAAUCAACAAACUGCUAGAUGAGAAAAUCCUUUGAAACUUUGCCCUUUUUUAAAAAACAAAACAAAACAGCAACUAUACAAGUUUCGCUUCAGAAAUGUAACCAGAGAGUUGGGACCAACUGUUAGCUUCCUGUGCAUAAUCCCAAAAGAGAAUGGCCUGGUUUGCACACUAAACCAUGGUUUGUUAAACUACAGUUUCUUUAACCAUGGCUUAGUGUUAUGCAUGAGCCCAGCAGCUUAACUAUGGUUUAUUAACUAUGGUUAAAAGUUGCUUGUUAAGCAAGGUUUGUAGUUGCUUUAUAAACCAUGGUUACUGUAAACCAUAGCUUAGUGUUACAUGUGGACGCAGCCCAACACCUCCUUAAUGCUGCUUAUGGAGUCAUCACCGCUCAAAAGGUACACAGCUGUAACUAAAUAGCAGCUCUUCUGGGCUUGUGUCUCUUGAUAGAGAGAUGUAAUAAACUAAGGCUUAAGUGACCAUCUGCCAGAUGUUUCCAUUUUAAUGAUGGUUUUAUUAAUGACGGUUAGUGUUAACCAUGGUUUAACAUUUAACAUUAACCAUGGUUUAGUGUUAUGUGUGAACCAGGCCAUUCCAGAGCAUUUGUAAUGGAAAACAAAGCAAGCCACACUUCAGACCACAAAUAAACUGAGCCUUUUAUGAUGCAAGGCCAUUUGUGAUGGGGAGGGAAAUGAUUACAUACCAUGAUCUCAUUAUUGCUGUGUUGUGGUUACAGUUUGAUGUGCCAAAAAUGAAACCUGAAGUUCCAUGACAUCGAGCAAACAUGCCCACGUUUAUAUUGUAGAAGAAUGGAACCCAUAAGGUGAAGUGGAAAGAAUGGGUUUCUGGAUAUCAUUAUUUUUAAAACUGAAAAUCUCUUUUUAGCACAUGAUCCAAACAGAGAAUAAUUCCAUAUGGCAGGAAUGAGGGCAAAGCACAACAAAAGCAGGAAUAUUGCUUCUCUUAAGGUGUCAGCAUUUUAUACCAAGAAAGGAAUGAAAAAGUUGUGCCAAUCUCUUAAAGACUCUUAAAUGGGGUGCAGCAGAAAGAUUGUGCUAAUUCUGCAUUGUCGAAGCUAUUAUUCAUAAGGGUGUGCAUUGGUGGGGGGGAGGUGAAGAACAUGGUAAACUGGGGUGAUUUUGGGGCUCGUCCCUCCACUCCUGAAUUUAAGCAUGAUGUCAGUAACCUCCCCACAGUUGAAUCAGAGUCCCCACAAAGCCUGGUGUCUCACUGUUGUUUCUGUACCAUAUACAGCUCUGUAUUUUUCUAUAUAUCUAUGUUUCUCUAGGUCCUUGGGCUUUGCAAGAAAUGAGGCUGUCCAAAAUGUUGCCCGAAGAGCUCAUGAUUGUUUCUUGUCAAAGCAUAGAAAUGGAUACUCAUUUUCAAAAGCUUCAUUUAAAACAAACAAACAACCCUACAAUCCUCUGCCUUAAACUGGAUGGCAACCGAUAUCGUUGAAGGCCUGCACCCCUAGGAAUGGACGGAUCCGUCUAUUUCUGAUCCUUAGUCGGUUUGCACGGUUUGGCUUCUGUUCCAUCCCAUUUCCAUAUUAAUCUGCAAAAAGUAUAAGCGCCCUGGUGGAUCAGGCCCAAGGCCCAUCCGGUCCAGCAUCCUGUUCUCACGGAAGCCAACCAGACACUUAUGGGAAGAAAGCCCACUAGCAACAGCACCCUCCCCACUGGCCCCCCAGAAACUGCCAUUCAGAGCCAUGCUGCCUCUCUCCGUGGUGAGUGAACAUGGCCGUUGUGGCCAGUAGCCAAAUUCCUCCAAGAAUUUGUCCAGUCCUCUCUGCAAGCGGUCUGAGCUGGUGACAUUCGCUACAUCUUGUGGAAACAAAUUUCAUAAUUUUAACUGUGCAGUCUCUUUCUUUUGUCAGUCCCAAAUCUUCCAAAAAUUGUUGGAUGGCCCCAAGUUCUGUUAUCCACUUUCUAUAUGCAUAAGCUUCUAUACCUUUGCUUUUACUCUUCAUUUUUUCUAAGCUAGAGAGUCCCUAACAUUUCACUCUGUCCUCAUAGUGGAGCUGUUUCAACCCAUUUUGGGUUGCCCCUUUCUAGCUCUCUAAUAUCCUUUUUGAGGCGUAGACAGCAGCCAGCGCUGUAUACAUCAGGCCAUAUAUUUGACAAUGUGCAUUUUGAUAUUGACCAUUUGAUUUCCAACCCUAAUGAAAUCCCCAACCCUGAAUUCACCUUUAUCAUAGCAGCUGCACACUGGGCUGACAUCUUUGUUGAGCAAUCCACUGUUGUCUUGCUCCUGGUCAUUGGGACAUCUGCCUGAAAACAGCGAGGGGGAGGAACUCCAGGGGUGGCUUCUUCCAUUUCUACCUUCUUACAGCCAUCUCCUUGCUUGCUUGGAGGGCUGGCAGGUGAACAAGAGGAGGCUACACCAGUGAGAGGAGCAACAGCGUAUGCCUGGUGUGAUAAGAGAGGACCUUCUAAGGGGAUGGGAUCUUGAUAGCUGCCUAUUGAAUCCAACAAAACACUUUCCACCCUUGACAUAAUCAUAGCCAACUACUUGUCAUUCAUUUGUGGCCCUAGUUCAGGAGUGGGGAAUAGUGGGACUCUCCCCAAGCCACACCCCCAUGUCAGCCACACCCCCGUUUCCACAGGCCACACCCCUUGCCAGCCUUCUUUGUAUCGCCAGCAAGUGGUUUUUGCCUGUGCCCUUGAGCUCUGAUGAUGCUUGUCUGGCUGGAUGAUAGAAAGUGGUGUGUAGACACGGGUGGCACUGUGGUCUAAGCCACUGUGCCUCUUGGGCUUGCCGAUCAGAAGGUUGGCGGUUCGAACCCCCAUGACGGGGUGAGCUCCCAUUGCUCUGUCCCAGCUCCUGCAACCUAGCAGUUCGAAAGCACACCAGUGCAAGUAGAUAAAUAGGUACCGCUGCGGCGGGAAGGUAAACGGUGUUUCCAUGCGCUCUGGUUUCUGUCACAGUGUUCCGUUGAGCCAGAAGUGGUUUAGAAAGAAAGAAAAGAGGAGGGGGAAAUGAAAGGAAGCGACACCACCAGGAGCUAGCUUUCCUCGCCCAAGCCCUGCUAAUCUGUUAGACCCUUCAUGCCUGUGUACUGCUUAAAUCUUUAGUCUGAUAAGGGAUGUCCUCACGGUGCUGUUCUUUCCUUUCAGGAAAUCACUGUAGGGUCACAAUGAACACUCUGGUCCAAGUGUUGAUUAUGUAUUACUGAAAAGAUAUUUAAAAAUUGUGUUCCCUCCUAGAAAUUCCAGUACAGGAGAGUUUAUAGGAGAAACGAAAAACACUGUACAAAACCUAUAAAUGGCUACUCAGAAGUAGGGGUGCAAGAAGCAAUCCUGAUUUCUUCUGCCCUGUACUUGUUGCAUGCAGCAGUGUUUCUGCUCUGCUGCAAUUUGUCAUCCACCAAAAACGGCAUCAUCCACCACACACGCUGCUUUGGCAAAAUUGCAUAAGUUACGUAAUUACGUAAGUUACGUUGUCCUUACAUUAUUCCACCCCACUUGUUGCGGUGUAAAGAUGGGAAGGGCACAAUCAGUUAUGCACGGUUCACAAACUGAAAGCAAAAACAGCAGCAAAGGUCAAUGGCAUUCACUAGAUUGUUUCCAAUUUUGGAUAGGGAGCAAAAAGCGAACGUUGGCCAUUUCCGCUCCCAUUUUUGUUUUCGUCGGAAUUCUCUGACAUCCCUACACAGAUAUAAGUUUCACUGGGUUCAGCUGGGCUUACUCCCAGGUAAGUGAGUGUAGAAUGGCUGCUUAAGAAACUACAAAGGCCUAUUGCCGCAUAGCAGCAAAUACAUAACAAUUGUUUUCUAAGAUUAAACACAGGAUCUAUUCUGGCAACCAGAAGAGUAAAAUCCACAAUGACGUGCCCUCCUGCUGGCUUUGAUGAGAUUGUCCACGAGUCACUUGUCUCUGGUAGCUUCAUUGGGCAGUUUCCAUUUUGCAUCCGUGUCCAUUCACUGGAUAAUGUAAUUUGGGGAAGAAGAUCAGCUCUUUGUCAAAUCAGAGAAAUACAAAGAGGAAUUGGCUUGUUUUGCACAUAACACUAAACCAUGGUUUAACAUUAGGGGAAUGAGCAGGUGUGAGCCUCAGGCUCCCACUUCUGUACACCUGCAAAGAGAUUUAAAACCUGUGGUUUCUGCUGUUCACUUAUCACAGUUAACAUUACAUCUAAACAGGGCAAAUUCUGGUUAGUUAAGAGUAUGGUUAUUUUUAUUUUAUUAAUUUUCAAUAGAUUUUUAUUAAACCAGGACAGAAAUUAUACAUCCAAGGUAAUCACACAUCCAACUAAUUUUUAAAAGGGAAGACGGGAUAAAAUAUCACUUUGAAAACUGUUGUUUCACAGGUGUGUCGAAAUAAAUUUGGCUCAGUGACCCACUGCAAAACUGUCCCAAAAAAUAGAGAGUACCAGUUGGCCUGUUGUCUACAUACCAAAGCAUAGCAUGCAGGACCAUAAUUCAUUUUAAGAAACCAUAGCUUAAACUAAGCAGAGUUCUCCCUUUUUGAAGGCAACAGGAAACUGCGCUUAGCGAAAAAUAGAAGUGGAUGCUGCUUCAUGCUGGAGGAGGAAGAGGGGUGUGCGAGACUUAGGCAUGUUCGUGUUAACACAACUAUGGUUUGGUAUUAUGUGCAAAAUCAGUUACUCAAUCUGGCCAAUCCUAUACACUGUGAUCAGCAACCUGCGGCCCUCCCAAUGGUGAUGGACACCCAUUAUCCCCAACGAUUGGUCAGGAUGGCUGGGGCUGAUGGAAAUGGGCUCCACCAUUGGGCUCCACCAAUAGCUAGAGAGCUAUAGACACCAUUACUUCCAAUAAGCCAAUUUCCCCAGCAGUGAUGCAGGGAGGCUGCUCCAGGAAGGAAGCACAAAAAGGAGAGAUGUUUAUAUUUUGCACACAUUGAGCUUCAAAUCUGGUUAUUUUUUUAAGGAAACAGCCAAAUGUCUUGUUAUUUAUGUGUAUAAAAGACUUGAGUAGCCUUUAAAAGGGAGGCAGAAAUAUUACGCGUGUCUCAUGCUGGCAUAUGCUAUAUAUUCAUCGUUUACUUUUAUAUUGGUGGGUUAACAUGCAAAACAAUCAUUUCAGUAGUGUUUGAGUCAGACUCAAGUGUGCCAUGUGUUUAUCAGAAAUUAUGCAUUAAAUGAUUUGUGAUUAAA